AUGCUCAUUCACUUGGUCACGCUAGCAGGCUGGUUGACCUUGUCCAUAGCAGGCAGCCCGAUAUGGCCAGAGCCGAAUGCCUAUGAGAGUCAUGGUGAUGUACUCUGGAUACCGUUCCCUCUGAGGACAGCGUUCUCCUGCGGGCUCUCGAAUGCAUCGAACAAUGACUUCUUCUACGAGCGCUCUCGGGGAAGCCUGUCUCAUCUGUUAGGAGGCUGGCAGUCCUGGUUUGGCUUCGCCAGCGACGUUGAUGAGGAUCAGCUCGGUGCAUCGGUCUCUGAGGCUGACGCAGUCAAAGCUGCAGUUGGUCGUACGCUGCAAGAUAUAUCAACAUCUAAAUUCAUUCCGUGGAAAUUCCACUCCAGGCAUGAUGCUUUUGAGCCUGCUGAGAAUCAGAAUGCUUCGAUGCUGACCUCACUAUACAUAUACCAGAGCACGUGUCCGAGCUCAAGCUUUGACGCGGCCGCCUUCUUCGAUGGGGACGAGUCCUACGAGAUAGAUGUCACCGAGGGAGUCGCUCGUAUCAACGCAGUCUCGAGCAUUGGUAUUAUCAAUGCACUAGGAACAUUCAAGCAGCUCGUAUUGUCGCACUCCUCUGGUGUACACAAGACAUACAUGACUCGGUCUUCCAUCAAAAUCAAGGACAACCCACGUUGGCGUUACCGUGGCAUAAGCUUGGACAUUGCACGCAAUCCGUUCAAGUCGUGGCCUAUCGACAUUCCUUCUUUGCCCGAGCUGGCGUUGAAGGGUGCCUACAGGCCUGACUUGGUGUGGUCAACAGAGGACAUAGCACGCAUUCAACAAUACGGUAUCUCACGCAACGUGCAAGUCUUUCUCGAGCUGGACAUGCCAGGGCAUACAGCUUCCAUCGCCCACGCCUACCCGGACUUGAUCGCUGCGUUCAACCAGCUGGACUGGGACACCUUCGCAGCAGAGCCCCUUAGCGGCCAGUUCAAGCUAAACUCCACCAAAGUACAUGACUUUCUUGACACACUUUUCGAGGAUCUACUUCCACGUCUCAGCAAGUACAGCUCAAUCUACCAUUUAGGCGGCGAUGAAGUCAACCGCAUGGUCCACCUCCUCGACGAGACAGUACAAUCAGCCAACUUCGAUACCCUACAACCUCUAAUCCAAUCACUGAUGCAACGAAUCUACACCAAAGCAAUCGAGAACAACCUCCGUCCUAUAAUCUGGGAAGAGAUGUUCUUAGAAUGGAACUUGACCCUCGUCAACCCACAUCCAUCACACCACCACAUCAAACCCCUCGUCCAAGCAUGGCGCUCCUCCGCGAACAUCGCCUCCCUGCUCAAAGCCAACCACAGCGUCAUCUUCGGCGACUCAGAGCACUGGUACCUCGACUGCGGCCAUGGCGUCUUCCUGAGCCCCUAUCCAUCAGGCCACUCUCCGCCAGGGAUACCCUACAACACGAGCGGUGGAUUGCCGACAAAAUUGUCGCCGCCGUAUCUGGACUACUGCGGGCCGUACCACAACUGGCGCGCUAUAUACACGUUUAAUCCGCUGGCGAAUAUCUCAGAAGAGCUUUGGGGUGGGAUUGAGGGCGGCGAGACCCUGAUGUGGUCUGAGCUGACGGACUCGGUAGAUCUUGAUGCCAAGCUGUGGCCGAGAGCCGCGGCCGCGGCGGAGGUUCUGUGGCGCGGUCCGAGGAGUGAGAGCAUGCUAGCAGCGCCACGCGGAGGCUGGCGAUGUGGAGAGAACGAGCGGUGA